GAGGGACAUUCCUGAUCUUUUCUGCAGGAAAUCACAUGGAGGUGCCAUCGCACUCACAUGACAUCUGACCUAUGGCAGCGGACAUCAAUGAAGGAUCUGUCCCUUCAUACUAUCGUGAAGUACAUCAAGCCAUCUGCUCCAGAACUGAUGAAAGAGUGCCUAUCGGUGUAUUCCAGAGAGUUCUCAGCAGAACAUCUCUCUCCACUACUGUUCAAAACCAGAUAGCCGAACAUGUAAACAAUGGUGAUGGAUUCCUGAGUAAAGUCUCGCUGUAUAAAGGCUUGGCUCUCAUUGCCCUUGCUCAACAAGGAAAACCACCAAGUCCCAAACUGCUAGAGAAUUUCAUACAAGAGUUCCCGAAACCUCAGCUGGGAGAGCCAAAGGAGCUUCAGACUCUGAAGAUGCAGUCGGUUCAGGAGAGUCCUUUGAACUUGUCUUUGACUCUGGCAGAGCUGUUAAAGAAGGACACCAUCAAAGUUGAGCUCAUUCCCGAGAAGAAGGGACUGUUUCUUAAACACGUGGAGUAUCAGGUCACCAGUGAGCGUUUUACAGUAUCAGUCUAUCGGCGAUACAAUGAUUUUGACAUCUUCCAUGAGCUUCUGCUUCAGAGAUAUGCUUACAGAGUCGUGCCGGCGCUUCCUCCCAAAAGGGUUCUGAAAGGAGACUUCAGCAAGAUGUACUUCCAUAGUAACUGAGUACCAGAAAGUUCCUUGCUGUGUUUUAUUAAUGGAAGGACUAUGUUUUGUUGUUCCUGGAAAAGUUUAAUCUUUUCUCUGUUCUUUGGCCCCGCUGCAGUCCUGACCUCCAUGACAGAGCGAGAGUUCAUUGAAGGGCGGAGACGAGCUCUGGGCAGGUUUCUGAAUCUGGUGGCACGA